AUGCAGAACUUUGUGAGCGAGCAAUUCGUUCUCUACAGCUUCCAGCUCGCCUUUGUCAACGCUGUUCCCGCCGCAAUGCCUGGGCUGCAUGAGGUGCUCCAAUUGGACUUCGAGGGCGAGGUGAUUCAGGCUGAAAAUGGGGACUUGCAAAUCACCCUGGGGGAAGUGAAGGACAGGCUAACAGGUGGAGAAGAUGUCCGCGUCAAGCUUAAAGGACACGUGCUGAUCCUGAAUGCUAGCUGGCCUCACAAGAAGAGGCUCCCAAAAGCCAAAGAGGAGGACGGGAUUGAGUAUGAGCUCGUAUUGAUCUAG